CUGUCGGAGGUUUUUGGAGAGAGAGAGAGAGGGAAGAGAGUGAAGUCGGAUCUGUGUCGAUUGGCAGGAGCCCAGAGCCAUCAGCGAGUGUCCAACAUCGCAGUUUUAGACCUUGGGUUUGGAGGGAGUUGUGUGUGUGUGUGUUUGUGUGUGUGUGUGUGGGUGACUCUGGGACACAGGCACACAGAGACACACACACACACACACACCCACUCCAGACUUUAAACUCGGAAUGAUGAGAACACACAACUUGGGAUUUCGAAGUCACCGGGAGAAAUUGAAAACCUAAAGACUUCUUGCCGCUGUAUCUCUGGAAGAAAUUUAUAGGAUUUCUCCUGCAAACAUUUGCUAUUUUAAGUUGAUUAUUUCUGUGAGGCAACGGAGGGAGAAGGCUGUGUGUUUUGUUUUGAAGAGAUCUCCCAUUCUUGCUGCUCCUGCAUUUUCGAAUCCGUGUUUAUUUCUGCAUUGGCCUUAAACAGAGAGAGAGAGGGAGAGAGGAGCUGUAUCCAACGCCUUCAUCAUGCUCUCCCCUCGGCCACACCGACUGCGGGCUCUCGCUCAGCUGCUGUCGCUGUUUCUGUGGAUGGUCAGCCCGGGACAAGCAGGAUCCGAAUACAGCGAUCUGCUUCCCGAGAGUUUCCCGUCUUCACCAACAGAGCCACUUCCACGAUUCCAAGUGGAGCCAGAUGAUGCCUAUAUCGUCAAGAACAAGCCAGUUGUCAUGGCCUGCACCGCUACACCAGCCACCCAGAUCUACUUCAAGUGUAACGGGGAAUGGGUGCACCAGAAAGACCAUGUGACUGAGGAGAACGUGGAUCAGAUCACAGGACUAGUGGUCCGGGAAGUUCACAUCGAGGUCUCUCGGCAGCAGGUGGAAGAGCUGUUUGGUUUAGAAGACUUCUGGUGUCAGUGCGUCGCCUGGAGUGCCUCUGGAACGACCAAGAGCAGGAGAGCAUAUGUCCGCAUUGCCUACCUGAGGAAGAACUUUGAGCAGGAGCCACUGGGAACAGACGUGUCCCUGGAGCAUGAGGUCCUGUUGCAAUGCCGUCCUCCAGAAGGAGUCCCACCAGCAGAGGUGGAGUGGCUAAAGAACGAUGAAGUUAUCGAUCCAGUGCAAGACUCGAACUUCCUCCUCACCAUCGACCACAACCUGAUCAUCAAACAGGCCCGCCUUUCCGAUACGGCAAACUACACGUGUGUGGCCAAGAACAUUGUGGCGAAAAGGCGUAGCACCACGGCCACGGUGGUUGUAUACGUGAAUGGUGGCUGGUCGACCUGGACAGAGUGGUCUUCGUGCACUAACCGCUGUGGCCGGGGCUGGCAGAAACGGACAAGGACGUGCACCAACCCAGCACCCCUUAACGGUGGGGCCUUCUGUGAGGGUCAAACCUUUCAGAAGAUCGGCUGCACCACCAUGUGCCCAGUCGACGGCGGGUGGACAGAUUGGAGCAAAUGGUCAGCCUGCAGUACCGAGUGCACCCACUGGAGGAGCCGUAAAUGCACCGAGCCCUCACCCAGAAAUGGAGGCAAGGAUUGCAUUGGUCCUGUUCUGGAGUCCAAAAACUGCACAGAUGGCCACUGUAUGCAGAAUAAAAAGCUUUUAAAUGAACAAAUAAGCUCUCCGAUGAGGAGCAAGGGCGACGUUGCCUUGUAUGCAGGGUUGGUGGUGGCUGUGUUCAUCUUCCUGGUUAUAAUGCUGGUGCUCGGUAUCAUCGUAUACAGAAGGAGCUGCCGGGACUUUGACACUGACAUCACCGAUUCCUCUGCCGCACUCACUGGAGGUUUCCAGCCCGUCAACUUCAAGACGGCCCGGCAUGAUAAUUCCCAGUUGUUGAACUCGUCAAUACAGCCUGACCUGACAGCCAGCGCUGGCUCAUACCGGGGACCCAUGUACACUCUCCAGGACACAGCUGACAAGAUUCCCAUGACAAACUCCCCACUCUUGGACCCCUUGCCCAGCCUGAAGAUCAAAGUAUACAACUCCUCGACGACCACCUCCAUGCUGGUGGGUGAGAUGGACUCAGGCACAUACCCUGGAGGCAACAGCAGCGACAGCAAUAUUACCAUGAACAUGAGGAACAAAGCCCUCAGCUCCCAGCACCUGGGCACCAUGCCCAGAGACCCUGGAUACAGUGCCAGUGGAACCUUUGGCUGUCUGGGUGGACGACUGACAGUGCCCAACUCAGGUGUCAGCUUAUUGGUACCACAGGGAGCAAUCCCACAGGGCAAGUUCUAUGAAAUGUACCUGAUAAUAAACAAGAGGGAAAACAUGCUGCCCCCAUCUGAAGGUUCACAGACGGUCCUGAGUCCAAUGGUGACGUGUGGCCCAACGGGCAUGUUGUUGUGUCGGCCCGUUGUCCUCAGUAUCCCUCACUGUGCAGACAUCUGCGGAUCUGACUGGACCAUUAAAUUCAAGACACAGACUCACCAGGCGGCAUGGGAGGAGGUGGUGACACUGGAAGAGGAGAAUUUAAAUACCCCCUGCUACUGUCAGCUGGACCCCCAGUCCUGCCACGUUUUGCUUGACCAGUUGGGCACGUAUGCCCUUGUGGGGGAGUCUGCCUCCAGGUCAGCCAUUAAAAGACUCCAGCUCGCCAUAUUUGCACCCAUCUCAUGCACAUCUCUGGAGUACAGCCUUAAAGUGUACUGUGUGGACGACACUCCAGAUGCUUUAAAGGAAGUGCUGGAGCUAGAGAGGACUCUGGGAGGUUACCUUCUUGAGGAACCCAAGACACUCCUGUUUAAGGACAGUUACCACAAUCUCCGGCUGUCCAUUCACAAUAUCCCCCACUCGCUGUGGAGAAGCAAGUUGCUCGCCAAAUAUCAGGAAAUCCCAUUUUACCAUAUUUGGAGUGGUACCCAGAGAGCAUUGCACUGCACCUUCUCAUUGGAGCGAUACAGCCUGGCAUCCACCGAAUUCUCCUGCAAAAUCUGUGUCCGACAGGUGGAGGGGGAAGGUCAGAUAUUCCAGCUACAUACAACCAUUGAAGAGAAUGCCAAAUGUGUUAGUCCUUUCCACACGCAGGGUGGCACCAACGUAACCACACAGGUCGGCCCUUAUGCCUUUAAGAUUCCAUAUUCCAUCCGGCAGAAAAUCUGUACGAAUUUGGAUGCGCCAAAUACCCGAGGGAAUGACUGGAGGCUUUUAGCUGAGAAGCUGGGGGUGGACAGAUAUCUCACCUAUUUUGCGACAAAACUUAGUCCGACUGGCGUCAUCCUGGACCUGUGGGAAGCCCAGCAUCAGGAUGAUGGAGACAUCAACUCCCUCGCCAGUGUCCUCGAGGAGAUGGGCAAGAGUGACGUGAUGGUAGUCAUGACAACAGAAGAAUGCUGAAAGAUGGAUAACUUUACAAUGUAGUGAUGGAUCCCCAGCAUCCAUGGCAACUGUUACAGAAAUCCACCUGCUACUGCCUGCAGCACCAAGCCAAUUAGGAACGAGUAGCAAUUUUUACAUGAGAGCUGAAGAUGUCAUAUUCGAUCCAGACAGAAAAAAAACCCUCUCUCCUCUCAAAAGCUUUGGGCAGCUUGUAUAACGUUAACAGUUUCUUAGGAAACGAAUUUAAUUUAUUGUCCAUAUCUUUGGAUGCUCUUUUUUUUUGUUCGCUCCUAUGUUGAGACUUUGUAUAAAAACCUGAGGAUUUGUUUACAUUCACAGCCAAUGUAGACAUCCCUCAAAAUCCCAGUGCACAUGUUAUACAAAUCAGAACAGGGAGAGGAAUCCAACUGAGUUGCUCAACAAAACUAUACGAGAGGAAGAGGAUGAAUUGUGAAUGUUGGAGUCACAGAGUCAUGUUAAUGCCUUUCACAAGGACAUGGACAGACAAGGACAUCCAUUCAGGUUUCUCACAAGCCAUGACUGCAGAAACACAACUUGGAUCUAAAAGUGGUUUUUAAAGCUUUUCUCUCUCUCUCUCUCUCUCUUUGAUACAAGCUCAUUAGUUCUGGUUGAAGAUGGUAGUGGUUGAGCUUGUUCUGCAUUCACUGUCCACAAUGUCACAACAGCGUUUCCAGUAAGUUACUCAGUAAGUGCAGAGGAAUGUUGUUUGAUGGUUAGUGGGCAUUCACCCAGUAACAUCAACUGUGAUAAUUUCCAGGCUAGCAACCAGCAUUUCUGCUCAAAGGAUUUGUUCAUCUACUGCAGUUAUACUGCUGACCUCCUGCCUCUUUCCCCUUCACCACAUUGCCCUAGCUCUCCAUCGACACACACAGGAGUGAUUCUUACUCCAGGCUGCGCUAGUUGACACCAGGAUUUAAGGACGCUCAUGAAGUGAAGCAAUAGUCAAUCAUAGUAGGGACCUACCAUUUCCCAGGAGAAAUAAGCCUGAUUCAUAAGCUUGCAAAGUCCUCACAGGCGAAAUGGCCAGAUCCACGCGCACAUGAGGAAUGAACAUCCAACUUCUUGGCUUGAAGAAAUAUGGGCCUGGAGAUUUGAUUGUGUCGCCAUGUCUUUGUUACUUUAAAGCACAUUGUCAGCGUUAAACUGUUCUUAAACUGCAGUUCCAUUUUUGUUCCUCUGAAUUUUCAUUUCAACAUCAAAAGUUAUUGAAGUGGAAAGUUAGGUGGAAAGCAUGGAGGAAGCAUAUGGAUGGGUCCUGACACCCCACCACCAUCUGAUGUAUUCCUCCAUAACAGGGGCUUUAUUCAGUGAUGUGAUUUCCUCUUCUGGCUACAGCUCCCGCAUUCCCAACCUCCAUCCACUCCACCUCACCUCCAAAACCUCAAGCCACUGCAAGCUGGAGUUCCGAGAAUGUUUUAUCCUCGAUUUCCUUUGCUCACAAACUGGAAGAAUCGUAAAGCCAUUUUCAAAGCCUGAGGUCAGUUCCCAUGUGGACUUGGAUGUGGCGAAGGUGCAUCAUGUGGGGAGCUGGCCUCCUCAGGUCAGAGGUUGAAAGGGAAGUACUCACCGAGAGAGAAUGCAACCCGAGAUCAUUUUCUGGUCAGAACCUCUCUUGCAUGGGGAAGCCUUCACGUGGUCUCAUUCUGCAUUUGACUCUGGUGUUGAGGAUCAGUAUUCAAUGAUGUCUUAUUCCAAACUUGCCUUUAAAUAAAAACACCUUUGGUUUUUGUCAUGUCCUCAUCGAGAUAUUUGAUGGUAAAAGCCAAUAGACAUCGAAAGGUGGGUACACCAUCAGAAACAUCUUAAGUUGAGUAAAUGGUCAAGCCAACCCAAAAAAAAACUAAAAUUGGGUGAUUGUGGGAGUGUGCAUUUUUGAUGCUAUGGUAGUGUCAAUAAGAGUAUGAGAUACACAAGGCUGCACCAUCAAAAGUGACACUAAUUUGUGUUAUUGUAAAUGUUGUUUAAAUGUUUAAGUACUUGGUAGCAUGGCACAUUUUGAUUUAUUUAUUUUCAAGGUGUUUUGGACAAAUAUAUUUUAAAUUCAUCAUUGUGUUAAUUUUAAUUGUUAAGUGUCUGAUUCAGGAAGUGAAGUAUCAGACAUUAAUUAUCAGCCUUAGUCUGGCUUGUGGGGAGAAAGAACCUUCAUAUUUUUUGCCGAAUCCAAAUCGGACAUCCGUGUAUAAAGAAAUCCACUUAUAAUUCCAUGAUUGGGUUGACAGCUCUCCCCGGAUUGCUCUGAAAUCUUCCGGAAUUGAAAGUUAAUCUCCAGGGUCCCGCUACGAGUAAGACCCAGGAAAAGAUUCACAGGGUUUAUAGAGAACUUUUAUCUCCCCGUUUCUUUGAGUGCAUCUUUUUAUUAGUUAUAAAAACGUAUGGCGGGGGAGGGGGUGGGGUGUUGGGUGGAGCUUAAUGGGAGAAGGGCUGUUUGACCUGGUAGAGGGAACAAGAGCAAGGGUGAUCAUGUGCUGGAAAUUUCCAGGAAUGCACCCACCCAGCACUGACACCCCUCCUUCCAAAGAGCUGAUGAAAGAGAGGUCGAUCUCUCUCCACAUGCAAACCAACAACCAGCUAAACCACACACUCCUGAUUAAAUAUUUCAAUCAAAUUUUAAUCGACAUGCAGUGGUGAGCUUUUAAAAGUAAAGAAUCCUCAGUUUAGAUGACAAUAUAUAGUUUUUAUAAAAUUAUAUUUGAACAAUCCAUGAUGGCCACUGGUGUGCAUUUCAAUAAUGGUGUAACUGAGACUCUGGACCUAAAUAAGAGCAACCCUGCUUAGUGCAGAGAGGGGUGGUUGGCGCUAACUUUUAGAUGACUAUGGCCAGCAUUUCUCAGUAUUCAUUGAUUAAAAGCGGCUGAAGGUGUUUUAGUGAACAGUUAAUCCUCUUUUUCCCAUAUAAAGGGUAACAUGACACCAAGCAGUUAGCAAAAUAAUGCUUUAAUUUCUUUCAUUCACUCCAAGUGCUAUGCAAGUUCAUAGAAGUUAAUUCAUUUUCAGGCAUAUCGUGACGCUUCAGUUUUUAUGUACACCUUUCAUAUUUAUAUGUAUAGAAAGUGCUAGAAUCAAUUGCUCUGUCCCUCUUUUCAUGUAUUGUUCAUUCUGUAAACUACCAAUUGUAAAUAAGUUUAG